AUGCGUGCUCGGCACUUCUUGCAAAGUAUACUAAACCCCCGAGAGCGAUGGCAAUUUUUUUUCGGGAGGCAUAGCUUACUGCUGUCGCCCAUACGUUUCAUUUCUAAUGCCGCUUGCAAUGGCUCUGACGAUACUGGCAUCGAACGAAAUCAGAUGUCUGAGUUGAAUAGUGCUAUGCGUCAUGCUCUUACUCAGCGUUUGUGCUCACCAGAGCGUCCCUUACCGGCAAAUCGUGUAUAUAAACAAUUAGUAAAUCCCUGCCGUUUGGUAAAAGAGUUUGAUUUCUCUAAAAGUAGUAGGCGGCUGGCACGCCAGCAUGCAGUGCUUCGGUUUCUUCGUAAACACAACGUACUGUUGCACAGCCUUCUCUUUUAUAUUCCAGAAGCGGUCACGUGGAAUAGGACCGGUGAAUUCGAUCGACUGGCUCUUUAUGGAAAGUGCAUUUUCCGUUCCGAAGUACGGGGGCGCCUCCUUCGCUUAUUUCCGGAUAUGCCGCCACAGAUUUUUACGCAGUGUUCUCAAAGUCUUCUUUCUGACAACUCCUUGGCUGAUCUAUUCGACACUUUGCACAUGGAGCUCAUCGUUGGCUUGAGACCGACUAGAAGAGACGAUUCUGGGAGUCCCCUGCGUCAAAAUAGUCAGAAAGCAAAACGUGUUAAAGUAAGCCUUGGUAAGGCAGAAAAGGUGAAUAUGUUGUGCGCUGUGUUAGGCGAAAUGCAGUGGUUCGCUGCGCGGACUAAGGCGACGGAUCGUACGCACAACAAUGCUCUUUUCCCCCCAUCGGAUGUCCUCAUUCUCCACGUUCUUUGCCUGCAUCAGCUCGAGUGCAUGCCAGCGGAGCUAAUCUUCAGAAACUUAGAACCUCAUCUUAAGGCGAUUCGACAAGUGUGGGUAAACGAGCCCAUGUCACUGCCCACCCAGCUUCGUCUUGUUCCCCGCACCCUGGCCGCACUAUCCCUCUCCUCUAAUCCCCACUCUCCCACCUCCGCAGAGCUUGAGUGUCGAAUGAAAGCUUCAUCUGCGAUUCCGUCAAUUUCGAAUAAAGAUGAUGUAGACAGCAAAGACGCCGUGGUAAGGGUGCGGCCACUGACAGCACAACCCGACACAAACUACGUCAAGUCUUUCAUGAAACCGAAGUGCCGUUUCGAACGCUUCAAAACGGACUCGUAUAAGGUUCUCCAUGCGGACCGGAGGGGGGAACCACCACUUCUCAGUCAUGAAAAAACAGUGCGGGCUGUGGGUGCCGAGGGCACGUAUUCUCUACCAGAUUCUAGGCGGCGCGAACUGCUACCAGGAUUUAGUGAAACCGAUUAA